UAUAGUGUUCUGAAAAGCUUCCCUUUUUAGGCUUUUGUGUAGUGCCCAUGUCUACUACUAUUACUAAGAGAGGGUGCAAAGAAGGAGAGGACAUUGAGCUAAGAAGAGGACCAUGGACAAUUGAAGAAGACAAUCUCCUCAUACACUACAUUGCAUGUCAUGGUGAAGGUCGUUGGAAUCUAUUAGCCAAAUGUGCAGGAUUGAAGAGAACUGGCAAGAGUUGUAGAUUGAGAUGGUUGAAUUACUUGAAACCUGAUGUGAAGCGUGGGAACCUUAGCCCCGAAGAACAGCUCUUGAUUCUUGAACUCCAUUCCAAGUGGGGGAACAGGUGGUCUAAGAUUGCACAACAUCUCCCUGGUAGAACAGACAAUGAAAUCAAGAACUUUUGGCGAACAAGGGUGCAAAAACAAGCACGCCAACUGAAGAUCGAUGCCAACAGCUCCAGGUUUCGGGACACAAUCCGCUGCUUCUGGAUGCCAAGAUUGCUUCAAAAGAUGGAAUCUGCUUCAUCCAUGGAAACCCUAAAUUCAUCUUCCACUCUACUCAACACAGUCCAUCAGGCAUCACCACCAGAAUCCCAAAGCACAAGUUACCAAGUUGCACUAAGCAAUGCCUGCAAUGAGGAAUCCUUCUCUGAGGAUUGCAGCCCAAGCAUCUCUUCAGAUUCCAUGAACAUUUACUCCCUCACUCAAAUUUCAGAAUUCCCAGCAAGUCCUCAUGACUUGGGCAAUCUUGACCACAACCUAUUUUCAAAGGGUUACUAUGUUGACAACAUCUAUGGCUUAGAGGCCUUAAACCCACCUUCCACAUCAGCAGCAGGCUUCAACUGUCCAAUCUAUGAUUGUUCAACGGCUGAGAUUGAUUGGGUUGGUGACAUGGGAGAUAGUCUAUGGACCAUGGAUGAGUGGUCGCAGUUCAGAAAGCUUAGGUAGGGGCAUCGAGAGGCUUGUUUGAUAAUGACCCAACAAGAAGUUAGUGGGAGUUUCAUGGAUUUUCUCCUUCUUCUUUUCUUUUUGUUUGUUUGUUUGUUUUUUUUUUUUUUUUUUAAGUAUGGCAAGGUUGGAUAAUGUUGGAAGAUCUCUACCAAGCCCAUACUCAUGUACACGCCACACAAGUGCCACCAUGGCAGGAUAGGUCCAAGAUCCAGUCCAUCCAUCAGAAAGACUCCACUAUAUUGAUGGGCCACAGUUUGCAAAACAAAUGUACGGUUCUGGAAAACUUGGCUGAAGUUUUCUAACUCACCCACCUAUUCAGUGGGCCAGAUUUGUUUUUCGGUAAACAUGUAAAAGAUCAGACCACCAUCAUGAAUGGAUUGGGUCUAACACUUAUGUGCCAUGAUGGCACAUGUGUGACGGGGUACAUGAGGUUUAUUGAACACGUGUAUGCUCUUAGCAAAGCUCAGGUUGGAGAUUGUAAGUUUUAAGUCGUGGAAAUCUUCCUUUGUUAUUGACUGCAUUUUCAAGAGAUUAAAAAGAUGGUGGGAUGAUGAAGAAAUUUCGGCCACUUGGAAUCUAAUGCUUCUUGACCCACUCUCUUGUGAGGACAUUCAUACAAAUUAUCCAAAGAGGGGCUAGACUAUUUAUGCCAUGUGGGGUGCUGACUCAUCCAUCAUACAUGUGGAAUCAUGCAAGUCGUUCUAGAUGGUAGAAAUCGUGGGCUCAUCAUAGAUGGAACAUCAUCAUCAUCUAAGCCGUGUCCCAAUUAAUUGAGUUAGAUGUAUAGAUCUUAUCAUAUUGUUCUGCUCUAUCAAAUUUUUUCUUACUAUCUCCACUUAUGUUCUUUUAAGCCUUCUGCAAUAUAAUCACAUCCAAAGUAUCACAUAUAGUAGAUGAUCCUAACCAUCUACCUAAAAGUCACAGGGAGAAAAUGGGAAGCUGUCAAAAUUCAACAUAUGGAUCCAACGGUUAAGAUUGACCAAUAUGGUCUGUCCAAGAUCAAACCCACCAUUUUGAUUAACC